AUGGAUUAUAAUCGACGAAACAAAGUGCCCCGGCAACUUACUGAUGCAGAGAAGGCGCGUCUGGAGGAGUUCAUUGAUGCGAUCCACUACUCUUCUAGAUAUUCCGAUAAUGAAUACGAAUAUCGUCAUGUCCAACUUCCAAAGAACAUGUUGAAGGCGAUUCCGAAGGAGUAUCAUGAUCCGUCGAAGGGUACAUUGAAGUUGCUGUGGGAGGAGGAGUGGAGAGGCUUGGGAAUUACACAGAGUCUGGGAUGGGAGCACUAUGAAGUGCAUGAACCCGAACCACAUAUCCUCCUCUUCAAAUCGGCGUUCGCCAAAAGCCCAGUGGCGCAACUCCCGUUUGCAUGCCUGUCUAAUGCCUACAAUCAGAUAUCGCCCAAAGCCAUUGUCUCGGACGCAUGUGCCUCAUACUCUACACUUGAUCAGCUCAAUAAGGAGCUGCGACCUUCUCUUUCCGAUAUUACAAAGAACACCGACUUUUUCGCAUACUACCGAUUGAAUCUCUUUGGCAAGGAAUGUCCGUUCUGGAACGAUAAUAAUGGCAUGUGCGGGAACAUUGCCUGUGCAGUGAAUACUUUAGAUAAUGAGGAAGAUAUCCCACCAGUCUGGAGGGCGGAGGAAUUGGGGAAACUUGAGGGUCCAAAAGCCGGACAUCCCGGGAAACGUUUACAAGAAGAACGGGGACCAGUGAAACCUCUACAAGGAAUGUUAGGCCAGGACGUAGGAGAGAGUUGUGUGGUCGAAUACGAUGAUGAGUGCGAUGAGAGAGACUACUGUGUCCCCGAAGACGAAGGCAGUGGCUCAAAAGGAGAUUAUGUGAGCUUAGUGGACAAUCCGGAAAGGUUUACCGGAUAUGCAGGAGAAGGCACCAAGCAGGUCUGGGAUGCCAUCUACAGGGAGAAUUGCUUUUCGAAGUCGUCCUUCCCCAAAUCUGCUUCUUUGGGCACCUUGUCAACGUCUCAGAAAGGAGCAGCCGUCAAUGAACUUCAGAAUGUUAUUCGGGAGCAUGGCAGGCAACAGGUCCUGGAAGAAGUCCGGGAGCAUACUCCAAAUGCACCUUUCGUCACCGAAACUGGCCUCGAGCACGAAGAUCAAUGCUUAGAGAAACGUGUGUUUUACAGAGUAGUUUCUGGUAUGCAUACGUCUAUCAGCACACAUCUCUGCUGGGAAUACCUUAACCAAACCACUGGAGAGUGGGGACCGAAUCUACAAUGCUAUAAGGAACGACUCCACGAUUUCCCUGACAGAAUAUCCAAUCUCUACUUCAACUAUGCUCUUGUUCUGAGAGCCGUCACUAAACUCGGUCCGUACCUGAAAGACUACACUUUCUGCUCGGGUGAUCCACAACAGGAUCGUGACACUAAGGCGAAAGUCCAAGCACUGAGCUCCAAAGCUGGUACCGUGCCUCAAAUAUUCGAUGAGAGUCUUAUGUUCGUCAAUGGUGAAGGUCCGAGUUUGAAGGAAGACUUCAGGAAUAGAUUCAGAAAUGUCAGUCGGAUCAUGGAUUGUGUUGGUUGCGACAAAUGCCGUCUUUGGGGGAAAUUGCAGACUGCAGGAUAUGGAGCUGCACUGAAAGUUCUAUUCGAAUUUGACAACGACUCGAAAGAUAUACCAAUGUUGAAGAGAACGGAGCUGGUUGCUCUUUUCAACACUCUUGCACGUAUCUCUAGCUCGCUCGAGGCAAUCAACAGCUUCAGAAUUAUGGUGGAAGAAGAGCAAGUCGAAGAAGUUCAGAGGCUGCCUGAUCGUAUAUUGAAACCCCACCAUGUCAUUCCUGGCAAAGAAUUCUCGGAGUCAGAGGGUGAUGUUCCUGCUGUAGAGGACGAUGGUUCUGCUGAAUUUGAGGAAGAACAAUUCUAUAGAACACGCCUGCCACAGAAUGCAACCAUCAUGGACGAAUUCAAAGCAGAGUUGGAUCUGAUGUGGAGGGUGACCAAGUAUGUGGUUCGGGGCUGGAUCAGCGCCCCCAAGAAAGCGUGGGAGAUCUUUUCUCUUGAGGCGUCAAGAGCCUGGAAUAGUUACAUUGGACUGCCAGUCGGCCCUAGGAGAUGGGUGAUUAAGAGACCUAGACUAGACGAAUUAUAG